AACCAAAUCAAAACAAACUGUUUUAGUGUAGUGAUUUCAACAGCUUUAAAGAGUUACUUAAUGGUUAACACUUAUCAACUUUUUAGAACAUUGAGUGCUUUUUUAAAAUAAACUUUUAAAUCAUGACUUCGUUUGAUUUUACUUGGGAUAAACAGAAAAAGGCUCCGGCUGCUAAAGUGGUGAAAAAACGUGUUGCACCUAACAAAAUCAACAAAAAGGAAACACCUCAAAAAGGCCCUGCAAAAUCUGUUAAGGAUAAAACUACCCCGCUAAAGAAGAGUCAUAUUACUAAAGAACCUGUAACUCGAAAGCAACCACAACAAACAGAGACACAAACACGCCUUCUAAAUCUUGCAAACGAUACUUUAGUAAAUAGCAAUAAUAAUAAUAAAACAAAAGAAUUUGUCCCAAGGGACAAAUUUAAAGGCAAAGAUGAUACUCCACAAAAGUUUGUGAAACGAAAACAAAAUAAAGACAAAGCAGCUGCCAAAAAGCUCAUCGAAAGUGGAGAAGAACCUGAACAAACAUCAAAUCCAAAGCCAAAUAAAAUAACACAACACUCACUAUUUUCAGAACACAAAGAUAUGUAUGUGAAAACGAAUAUUAAAGGUGUAUCAGUGGUUGAAAAAGUGUUUAGUGCAGACAAGAAAUUCAGCUCAUUGGACAUACAUAAACAUUUGUUGUCAAAUUUGGAGAAAAACAAUUUUAUAACUUUGACGAAUGUGCAAGAAAAAUCCAUUCCUUUGGUGCUUAAUGGCAAAAAUCUUCUGAUUAGGUCUCAAACAGGUUCUGGGAAAACUUUGGUAUAUGCAGUACCAAUAAUAAACAAUCUACAAAAUAUAACUCCCAAAUUAACAAGAGAUGAUGGAGUGCAAGCGAUCAUUGUUGUUCCCACCAGAGAACUGGCGUUGCAAACACACGAGCUUUUCGGUAAAAUCAAUACUUUUCAGUGGAUAGUUGUUGGUCAUCUAUGUGGGGGUGAAAACAGGAAAACUGAAAAAAAUAGGCUAAAAAAAGGUGUACAUGUUUUAAUAGCCACGCCAGGGCGACUUUUAGAUCACAUGCUUCAUACAUCCACAUUCAAAACCGACAGGGUUAAAUGUUUAGUACUUGAUGAAGCCGACCGACUCCUCGACAUGGGUUUCAAACGAGACAUUGUGAAAAUAGUAGAGGAACUGGACCAGGCCAAAAUUAACUCAGGAUAUGACCCAAUGGCCAUGCUCAAAAACAAACAACAAUCGAAAGAAGAAUCGAUUUCAGAAGAUCCCAACUCAAGUGACAAACCCAGACAAACUCUUUUACUUUCCGCCACUCUAACCAAAGGCAUUGCCGAAUUGGCCGACUUCACGAUGAAAGAACACGUUUACGUGGACGCUUUAGACGAAUCCGCGUCCAUCAAUCCCGAACACAUGGUCAUACCGAACACCGUAAAACAGGAAUUCUUGAUGACCUACGUCAAGCACAGACUGUUCACUUUGUCCGCUCUGCUGGUAGCCAAAUCGAAGAUGAAGUCGUCCAAAAUUUUCGUAUUCAUGGCCACCAGUCAAAUGGUCGAUUAUCACCACGAGUUGUUUACAAAAUACCUCCUAAAAAUGCCAGUAAACAGAGGCAAACUGAAGAGCGGGAACGUGGUGGUGUUGGACGGGAUGGAGGCGAGCGACGAAGAGGACGAAGAAAUAGUUUUGGACCUUAAACUAUUUAAGUUGCACGGCAACAUGGACCAGAGUGCCAGGAAGGAAGUUUUCACCUCGUUUCGAGCCGCAGACAAAGGUGUUUUAAUUUGUACGGAUGUGGCGGCGAGGGGUUUGGACGUGCCGGCCGCGGACACUAUCGUGCAAUACACAGGCCCUUCAAGCGACGAAGAUUACCUGCACAGGGUGGGCAGAACCGGAAGGGCUGGCAAAUCGGGCUCCGCAAUUAUUUUCCUCACCCACGAGGAACAGGAAUACAUUACCAGGCUUCAAGACCACAAAGUAUUUUUGACAGAAAGGAAACCUGAUGACUUUUUGAAGCACCUGUGUGAUUUAAUGGAGGAGGUGGACCCGGAGAAAGCAGCAACCGCCCUCCAGAAUCACUACGAAACAGCUCUGGCAAAGGACAAGGAUUUACACAAGAAGGCUUGCUUUGCAUAUUCGUCUUGGUCCCGAUUUUACAACACCUAUCCGUCCAAGUUGCGCUCAAUAUUCGACUUCAAAAAGGUAAACUUGGGCCAUUACGUAACCAGUUUCGGAUUGAACGAGACGCCGACGACGGUGGCGAAAAUCGUGCGGGGUCAAGUCGUCAAAACGGAACCGCAAAGACUCAACAGGAAGCUGGCGAUCCACGAGGACGACCAGCCUAAAAGACCGCAGCCACAGAAGCGGAAAUUUAAUUCGAUCAGUUUGAGGACGUCGGAAUUCUCAAGCGGACUCGAACCCACGAAGAAGAAAAAGAAGAAAGCGGUUUAACAAUUGCUAAUUAUUAUCAUCAUUAUUAUUAUUAUUAUUAUUAUUAUUAUUAUUAUUAUUAAAGAUGUUAAUUUUU